CCAGCUGACACACGUUAGCGAGUCGACAGAAGCCGGGCUCCCCUCAUUGGCAUAGCCCGGCCGAAGCUUAGCUUCGCAUAUCGGACUUAUCCUUAGUUGUGCUGACGUCUUCCUGAGUCAGAAGUGACGAGAAUCAGUUUGUGUCGAUACGUGUGCGGAUGGCUCGCGAUGAAGCCAGCUGUCAGUUUCUGCUUUUCCUUCCUAAUUUAUUUACUAACGUGCUCGGCCUACUAUGGCGCUGAGGAAAGCCUCUACCCGAAAGAGUCGUUAUGUGCAACAGGCCUCGCAAUUCCGAUCGACAAGGAGCCCCGUCCGGUGGCCGUGUGGGCAGAGAACGGCAACAGAGUGGCGGUCUUCGGCCCAGGGGUUAGGAGACGUAUACCGACGAGCUCAGAGGGGGAGUGGCUCAACUUCACUGCAACUCAGCGUGGUUCUGAGUACUGCGUUUCCUCCGAGGCAUUUCCGGCGGGGGAGCUUUGUGAUAAGGAUCGGGACUGGCUGGGUCUUCGGGCCGAUUCUGAGACCAAGUGGAAUCUAGAACUUGCUAGCAUGGCUUCUGGAUGCAGCCAAUACUACCUUCUCGGUCUCGACUUCGAUCUGCACGACUCGCCCACCAAGCUGCUCUGGCGGCCGGGCGAACGCGCCGCGAGCUUGCGCUUGAGGUUAUGGCCAAUUGGAGUUUUAGAGUAUGUAUUUCCACUCUCCAGGAAGGCAGAUUCACAGCUUCAGUAUGACAUGACAUUUCAGCGUUUGUCUGGAGAUGCCUCCUGUGUGGUGACGAGUGCCAGCCUCGAUGUGUCCCGCACUUGCCAGGGUAAUCAAGCAGGCAUAACUGGCUUUUCCAUUGGAAGCCUUGACGACAACGGCGAUCGGACUCCAAGCUACUUUUCCUUGAACUGUGAGGAUGGCGGAGGUUGGCAUAGCGGCACAACAGCUUCGAGUCCUGAUGGUAACAACUCUGAGGAUGGCACAGAUCAAGAUUCUGACUCAAGUAUGGACUGGGAAGUGUUCUUGGUCGUAGUGAAUGUCAUCAUCUUCAUUUUGCUACUUGAGACCGUCUUCCUUUAGGAAGCCAAGUUGUCAAGUUCCUUUGGAAAGCCAAGUCAUCAAUUUCUUUGAGAAAGCCAAGGUAUCAAGUUCCUUUGAAGAGCCAAGCCAUCCAUUUCCUUUGCAAGCCAAGGGGGAUGGGGAGAGAGACGCAGGAAAAGAGGGAGGAAGAAGGAAGGGAGGGAGAGAUAGAGGAGGUAAGGAAAGAGGAGAAAGGGAGAGAUAGGAA